AUGGCUUCUAAUGACGAGCAAACCCCGCUCAUUCAAGUCGUUGGUGUACGACCUCACCGUGAUCGAUAUGGAAAUCAUACACUUCGCCGCUUUUGCACCAUAGCCCUGGUCGUCCUACCGCUUACCACGCUCGCCCUCGCCUUUCUAUCCUUCGUUUUUGGUCAGAGUGACGUUUUCGGAGACGACAAGCAAGAUCACGUCGUGCCAUGGGACAGUCUAUCCGGUCCCAUCCUACCACCCCACUCGAAGUGGCCCGCUGGAGAGGGCCUGAGCUACGCAGAUCUCAAAGACAUCCUCUCGACCACACCCGAUCCGAAGAAGGCCAAAGAGUGGUCCCAGUUCUACACUGCAGGCCCUCAUCUUGCUGGGCAAAACCUCAGUCAAGCUGUCUGGACUAAGAACAGAUGGGAGGAGUUUGGUGUCAAGAGUGAGGUCGUACCAUAUGAAGUCUACAUCAACUAUCCUUUGGACCACAGACUUGCUCUGCUGAAGGAUGGUGAGAUUUCGUUCGAAGCAACUCUCGAGGAAGAUGUCCUAGAAGAGGACCCUACAACUGGCGCCGAAGAUCGUGUGCCUACCUUCCACGGCUAUUCUGCUAGCGGCAAUGUCACUGCGCAAUAUGUCUACUGCAACUACGGUACCUUCAUUGACUUUGAGAAUCUGCUCGAGGCAGGCGUUGAGCUGAAGGGUAAGAUCGCGCUCGUGAGAUACGGUGCUAUCUUCAGAGGUCUCAAGGUCAAGAGAGCCCAAGAGCUCGGAAUGGUAGGAACAAUCAUCUACAGCGACCCUGGUGAUGAUGGUCUUGUCACCGAAGUAAAUGGCUACAAGCCAUACCCCGACGGACCCGCCCGGAACCCAAGCUCUGUGCAAAGAGGCAGCGUCCAAUACCUGAGUCAAUUCCCUGGUGACCCUACUACUCCUGGAUACGCCUCGAAGCCUGGUGUGCCUCGCGAAGCCGCAAAUGCAUCUACCCCUUCUAUCCCAUCGUUGCCCAUUUCCUAUGCCGAAGCCAUUCCCCUGCUCCAGGCACUGAACGGUCACGGGCCAAACGCGUCAUCCUUCCCUGCUCGCUGGCACAAGGGCGGUCUUGAACAUAAAAAUGUCUCCUACAACAUCGGCCCUUCACCACCAUCGGUCACCAUCAAUAUCAUGAACCUGCAGAACUACACAAUCACUCCUAUUUGGAACACCAUCGGUGUCAUCAAUGGAUCCAUUUCAGAUGAAGUUAUCAUCCUCGGUAACCACAGAGAUGCGUGGGUUGCCGGCGGCUCCGCUGAUCCUAACUCGGGGUCGUCAGCACUGAAUGAAGUGAUUCGCUCAUUCGGUAUUGCUCUGUCGAAAGGGUGGAAGCCACAAAGGACAAUCGUCUUUGCCAGCUGGGAUGGCGAAGAGUACGGUCUUGUCGGUUCCACUGAGUGGGUUGAAGACUAUCUGCCCUGGCUCAAAAACUCUGCUGUGGCGUACUUGAACGUUGAUGUCGGCACUCGUGGCACGAAGUUCAACGCUAAUGCGGCACCUUUGCUGAACCAAGCCAUCUACGAAGUUACCAAGUCCAUCAAGUCGCCAAAUCAGACAGUCGAAGGAUCAACUGUGUAUGACCUUUGGGACAAGCACAUUGGGACCAUGGGAUCUGGAUCCGAUUUCACAGCCUUCCAGGAUUUUGCUGGUAUUCCCAGUGCUGACUUCGGCUUCGGUAAGACUGGCCCUCUCGACCCAAUCUAUCAUUACCACAGCAACUACGACAGCUACGCCUGGAUGGUCAAGUACGGCGACCCCACUUAUCAAUACCAUGUCACAGCGGCCAAGGUGUGGUCUCUCCUCGCAGCCUCGUUGAUCGAAAGCCCGGUGGUUCCUUUCAAUGCCAGCGACUACGCUUUCAGCCUCGAGAGAUAUCUCGACAGUGUCAAGCACAUGGCCAACUCGUCCGGCAUGGCUUUCAGCGACGAGGAUGAAAAGGUGUCCAUGUUCGCCAACCUCGACCUGGCCAUCGAGCAACUCCAGCGUGCUGCGCAUAAGUUUGAUGCGCACGCUGCUGAUCUGGCUGUCAAAGCCACUGCAGCAGAGGGUAAGCCUAACGCUGCUGCCACCAAGAGACUCUUUGCCCAGAUCCGCGCUGUCAACACGCAGUACAAGGUACUGGAACGUGCUUUCCUAUUUCCUAAGGGUCUUGAUGGUAGAAGCUGGUUUAAGCACGUUGUGUUUGCUCCCGGCAAAUGGACCGGAUAUGCCGGAGACACAUACCCUGGACUCGUUGAGGCAGUUCAGGCAGGCGACAAGAAGGCUCUCUACAGAUGGGCUGGUAUCAUCGAGGGUGUUGUGUGGAGAGCUGCUGGCGUGCUUAGUUGA